AUGGGUAGUAAACGUCGAUCAUCGAUGUUUAAUCGUUGGAAACAACAAGAUAGGGAUGAACAACUUGCAGGUAUAACGGAAGAAGAAAUGAUCGAAUAUAAAGAGGCAUUUCAUCUUUUUGACAAA